GUGCUGGUGGUCGGAUUAGUGGGUGAGAAAUACAGUGUGAAGUCAUGUGUCUGCUGGCUUUCUUCUUCUUCUCUGGGAGAAUCAGGCUGCCAGAUGACAAUUUCCAGAUUCAGCUGCUGCAUUACUACUGGUUGCCCGUUAUCACGGUGAUGGCAGGAGCUUACUUGAUCGCUCAGGGCUUCUUCAGUGUGUACAGCAUGUGUGUGGACACCCUUUUUCUCUGCUUCUUGGAGGAUCUGGAGCGUAAUGAGGGCACCAUGCUGAGACCAUACUACAUGUCCGGGUCUCUGUGGCGAAUCCUCAAUAAGUCCUAAAGAGCCUUAAAAAAAGACAGCUUUCGACCACAUCCUUUUCCACACUUUUCAUAAAUAAACCAAACAAGCAUUUA